AUGAUGAACCGUACGCUCCUUCUCGGUCUGGCUGCUGCCGGCCUGGUCUCAGCAAAGGCCACUGUCACCUCCAUGUUCAUCUACGACACCGAUCCACAGCCUUUGGCCGCGUCCAUCAUAGGUAACGAUGCGACCGCGACAACCUACAGUAUCAACUGCCCACCCGGCACCGAUUCCAGUGAUUGUGGCAUGGGUCCCGGUCUUACCCUGAUCGCCGGACCCAAAACCACCAUGAUCCUGGACGCUCCGGACGAAGAUUUCUACUACACAUGCGUUUGCUCUGUCGAUGGAACGACGCACGCCGUCUGUACCGAAACAGCCUCGGGAUCCGGCGCCAACUUCCCAGGAACCAGCAGCACCACCCUGGAUGGUGAUCUGGAUUUAAUGCCUGUGACUAUCACGGCGGGCUCUGUCACGAGCGUGGCUGCCUCCGCCGCCCACGCUACAACUGAGGCUCAGACAGCAAGUAGCACGGGUUCCGCUGCUACUGCUACGGGGAAACAGUCGCAGGCAUCUGCCGCCUCUACUAGUGCUGCCAUCUCUGGCUCUGUCACCUCUUCCAAGACUGCGACUGCCUCGAAUGUCGAUGCUUCUGCUACAGGCACUGGCAAGGCCUCCCUGCUCAAGGGUGACGCAGCGUUCCUCUUCGGAGGAUUUGCUGCUGCUUUUGUUGCAGCUGUCCUCUAA